AUGGCGCGCGUAGCUAUGACAGGGACCGCGGCCGCGGACCCGGUGGCGGACGGGGCUGGUGCGCAAGCGCCGGCCACCGUCGUGCCGCCGGGGAUGCGCAGCGGACCCUGGAAUAGCUACGAUCGCGCGCAACUGCAGGACGCGGUGAUGGUCGCAAGGCUCGCAGGUGCGUCACAGGUCAGGCUGAUAAGGCCUGGCUACGCGACCAUCGAGGUCGACCUGAAGCACGAGAAGGCCGCGGGCGACCGCGAGUCGGUGCAGGCGGCGGAGCGCUCGUACAUCGAGCGCACCGCGCCGAAGAAGAAGGAGCCCACCAAGGAGCAGCUCGCGGCUCGAGCCGCGGCACGCAAGGCCAAGAAGGACCGGCAGAAGGCGCGCCGGGCGACGGAGGCUGGCGAGCGCGCCGCGAGCGAGGCCGAGCGCGCGGAGGCCCCGCGGGCGCAGCUGCGCGAGAACAUCCAGUACGUGAUGGCCGGGCUGCGGUCUGCAGCUGCGCAGGCGCGCAGCCAGGCCGGGUCCAAAAUGGGGGUCGAAUACUCGCUGCCCCCGGAGAGGGACGACGGGUAUCGACGCGGCCCCAGCAAGGUGUACGCCACAGUUCCCCAGGGGACCGUGGCGACGACCGUCGCCUCGGACUGGCUCGCGAACGAGCUGGCCGAGCACGGAGAGAUCGAUGCGGCAUACCGCGACCGCAUAGUCAUGCACCUGAUGACGGCCGCCGGCGCCUCGGCGCCGGCCGACGCCGUGUUCAGGUUCACGGCUGGCGACGCGAUGCAGACCGAGGACGACGACGAGGACGCCGACCGCUCCGAGGAUUAUUCCGACGACGGGAGGGCGUCCGACUUGUAG